AUGUCCGAUGCAGCUAUACAAUCCUCAUUACAAGGUUCAAGGAUCAAUUCAAGAUAUUAUGAUCGCAAAUCGAGAAUUCAUAGCGUCUCAUCAGUUGAACCAAAACUACGUGCCGCAUUAUACGAUGACAACAAUGCGUUCGUCAGCGAGAAAAUGGGUUUCAUAGAAAAGAUAUUUGGUGUCAGAAGGGAAUAUAUUGCAUACGUGAUUGUAAUAGUCGUUUCACUUUAUUUGAUGUCUGGUGAAGAAGCAGGUCUCUUAUGUAACCUUAUCGGCGCCACACAUCCCAUUGUCAUCUCAUUUAAGGUAAUUUGUAACCAAGAUAAAACAGACGCAAUCACUUGGCUGUUACCGUUUUGGAUUCAGUACAGUGCGUUAUUACUGAUCGAUUCCUACGAAUAUUACAUCAUGAAAGUGUUUCCGAUUUACUGGCUUGUCAAGGCAAUAAUACUCCUGUACUUACUGCUACCUCAAACCAACGGUACAAGGCGAGUGCACAGAAAGCUAAUAUUGCCAACUUAUACAAUAACUAAGCAAGCUAUCGAUAACAAAAUGCGUUGA